AACCAUACAAACUCAAAAGCUAAAAGGCAAAAGCCGAAAGCUAAGAUCAUGGACACAAAUCUUAGAAACUCCAUUCAUCAAUUUCUUUCAAUACUUGUACUAAUUUUCUCAUUUCAUGUCUUUGCAACUCAAUCUUAUAGAAUUCCUAGGCUUGGGGCAACUAGGAAGCAUAGCCAAACGUUUGAACCCCAAAGUACCAUAAAAUAUAAUUCUGUUUCAAAUUAUUUUGAGACAUUUUAUUACACCCAAACACUUGACCAUUUCAAUUAUAAACCAGAAAGCUAUACCACUUUCAAGCAAAGAUAUGUUAUGAAUUUCAAGUAUUGGAGUGGGCCAAAUACAAGUGCACCAAUCUUUGUAUUUUUUGGUGCUGAAGAGAAUAUAGAUGAUGAUGUUAGUGGGAUUGGCUUCCUUCCUGAUAAUGCUUCUCAUUUCAAGGCUCUCCUUUUAUAUAUAGAGCAUCGUUACUAUGGAAAAUCGAUACCAUUUGGAUCUAGCAAAGAAGCCUUAAGAAAUGCAAGCUCUCUUGGUUAUUUCAAUUCAGCUCAAGCCCUAGCAGAUUAUGCUUCAGUGAUUAUGCAUGUCAAGAAAAAGUAUUCUGCAAAAAGUUCUCCAGUAAUUGUGAUAGGGGGAUCCUAUGGUGGAAUGCUAGCUUCAUGGUUUAGGUUAAAAUAUCCCCAUGUUGCUCUUGGUGCUCUAGCUUCAUCAGCUCCAAUUCUUUAUUUUGAUGAAAUUGCACCAAGAAAUGGUUACUAUUCUGUUGUGACAAAGGAUUUUAAAGAAGCAAGUGAGAGUUGUUACAAAACUAUAAGCAAAUCAUGGGCAGAAAUUGAAAAAGCAGCUUCAAAGCCCAACGGACUUUCAAUUCUAAGCAAAAAGUUCAAUACUUGCAGUCCAUUGAAGAGAACAUUUGAACUAAAGGAUUACUUAGACUCAAUAUAUGCUGAAGCAGCUCAAUACAAUGAUCCACCAAACUAUCCAGUUAGCAUUGUGUGUGAUGGAAUUGAUAGGGCACCAGAAGGCACUGAUAUUCUUGGCAGAAUUUUUGCUGGUGUUGUUGCUUAUAUGGGUCAUAAGUCUUGCUACGAUAUGAAUGAAUUUAAUGACCCAACUGAUCAAACAUCUCUUGCAUGGAGAUGGCAGACAUGUAGUGAGCUAGUGAUGCCCAUAGGCCAUGAUAGAAACACUAUGUUCCCACCAGCACCUUUUAAUCUCAAGAGCUAUAUCAAGGAGUGCAAAAGCUUAUUUGGAAUCCUACCUCAGCCUCACUGGGUCACAACUUAUUAUGGAGGCCAAGAUUUAAAAUUGAUUCUUCAUCGGUUUGCUAGCAACAUUAUCUUCUCUAAUGGACUCAGAGACCCUUAUAGCACUGGAGGAGUGUUGGAGAAUAUAUCAGAUAGUAUUGUUGCAAUCUCUACUGUUAAUGGAUCUCAUUGCUUGGAUAUACAAAAGGAGAAGCCAAGUGAUCCAAAUUGGCUAGUGAUGCAAAGAAAGACUGAGGUGGAAAUAAUUCAAGGCUGGAUUUCUAAGUAUUAUACUGAUCUUCUUGAACUCAAAGACAGAAACUAGUACUAGCUAGUGUUUGAUGUUUUAUAAGUUUAUAUUAAAACUUAUAAUAUUAUAUAUUAUAACCAAGAAGGUGGCUACAAAAUCAUAUAUUGUAAGAAAAAUGACUCUCCUUAUGUAUUAACAUAUUAUAUUUCCAACAGGUAGCAAGAUGAUUGCCCAAUUUUAUCUAAGGGGUCAUAAUUAUAGCA